GGAUGUCCUGCAGCCGGGGGCCACCAUGUCAGCAUCUGACCCUACAAGGCCCACCCCCGCUUCAGGCCGCCCAGGGGAGCAGGUGAGGAGGUUGCAGGGUGAGUGCAGGCCCAGCCUCAAGUGCCCUGAGGUCACUGGCCCUGACCUACGCCCGUUCCCCAGCCCUGGGGUCUGACGUGGCAUGGCGGCCACGCUGCCCCCACCCCCGCCCUCGGAGGCGCCGGAGCUGCACCUUCACAUUUUCCACUGAAGUGGUGCCAACCCCAGAGCUCCCCCCUCAAUGGAUUCCUUGGCCAGGGCUCUGGGCAGCCACAGACAGGGAUGACCUCAUCACCCGCGGGCUCCCUCCCCUGGCAGGGGCCUUAGGCAGAAGUGGGCAGCUGUAAGACGGGGACUCGGGGAAGACCCCAACUGACCCAUUCCACAGAGAGGCAGAAGCCAAGACCUCUCUGUGGGGGACCCCCCCACCAUCUGCCCUCGGCCCCUCCCCAGACAGAACAGCCACGUUCCUGGACGUACAUUCCUGGUUGCAGCCCCUGCCAGCCGCCACCCUCGCUCCUUCCAGCCUGGGGACCGCUGCCCAGGCGGCUGUUUCCUGCAACAGUAGCCACGGGGAGGGGCCCAGGCAAGACAGAGCACAGCUGGGAGCCUGCCGGGCCCCUGCCGCAGGAGGGACCCCUUGGGCCCUGCCCCCUGCUGAGGGUCCUUCCCUCUCCUCCUCAUGGAGAUAGGGGGCCACCCCCAAAUUGGAUAAUGAGGGUAUGUGUGUGUUUCCUGAGGGGCCUGGUGGCCCUAGAGAGGAACGGGGGAAGGAGGAGGGGGCAAGGAGACCGACGGGGUGAGAGGUCCACACAUCACAGGAACAGGGGACCUGGCCAGCUAGCAGGAGGCACACAGUCUGUGCCAAGCCUGGAGAGGCAGGUGCAGGACAGACAGGCGGAGAGACUGAGCUCUAGGCCCCUGAAUACUCGCCUGUGCCCGCCCCCUGCACACGGCCUGGCACAGGCAGGCGCUGGCGCACAUGGGAGGCAGAGACAGACAGGGUGCGGUCAGGCAGCAGGGCCAGGGCGGCUGGGUUAACUCAGUUGUGCCACGGGAGAAAACGGGGUGGUGGGUCCUGCUGACCUUCCUCCCCUCUCCCGGGGAGGGGGGCACUGCAGUUUUGGGGCCCUGAGUAACUACAGCCCAGAAGCGACCUCCCACUUCCUCUGCAUCCCCAGAGACGGAACGAUGCCCUAAAGACCCCCCCCCCCCACGCCCGCCGCCAAAGCGUGGCCACAGAAGGCCGAGGGACGCGGCGGGCGCUGCUAGAGGAGCCUCCAGGCUGAGAGGGGCGGGGCGUGCGCGGGGGAGGGGCCGGGACGCCGCUAUAAAGGCGCAGCUCGGGGCCCCGCUCCAGCCCGGGACGCACAUGUGCGUGCGGCGCCCGGCAGCUGCCACCGCGGGGCGCAGCCGAGACGGCGCAACCGAGACCCCGCGCCUCGCCCCGGCCGGCCCGCGAGGCCCGCGGCGGCCGCAGGAGGCGGCAUGAGCAGCGCGCGACAGAGCUGACGCCGCGCCCCCGCCGGCCCCAUGUCCUUCGCCACGCUGCGCCCGGCGCCGCCGGGCCGCUACCUGUACCCCGAGGUGAGCCCGCUGUCGGAGGACGAGGACCGCGGCAGCGACAGCUCGGGCUCCGACGAGAAACCCUGUCGCGUGCACGCGGCGCGCUGCGGUCUCCAGGGCGCCCGGCGGAGGGCGGGGGGCCGGCGGGCCGGGGGCGGGGGGUCAGGGGGCCGGCCAGGCCGUGAGCCCCGGCAGCGGCACACGGCGAACGCGCGCGAGCGAGACCGCACCAACAGCGUGAACACGGCCUUCACGGCGCUGCGCACGCUGAUCCCCACCGAGCCCGCCGACCGCAAGCUCUCCAAGAUUGAGACGCUGCGCCUGGCCUCCAGCUACAUCUCGCACCUGGGCAACGUGCUGCUGGCGGGCGAGGCCUGCGGCGACGGACAGCCCUGCCACUCCGGGCCCGCCUUCUUCCACGCGGCGCGCGCCGGCAGCCCCCCGCCGCCGCCCCCGCCGCCUCCCACCCGCGACGGCGAGAACACCCAGCCCAAACAGAUCUGCACCUUCUGCCUCAGCAACCAGAGAAAGUUGAGCAAGGACCGCGACAGAAAGACAGCGAUUCGCAGUUAGGAGGUGGCCGGCAGCAGCCAGGAGGCAGACGCUGCUGGGGGAGGUGGAUGCCUGGGGUGACCGCAGACAGCCCCCACCUUGGACCUGAGCUGGGGCAAGGCCCACCGCAAGCAUGCCCCCAGGCCAGCCCUGGCUGCGAGCAGGGCCAAGGGACAGACGGACGUACAGACAGGCGCCGGCAGCGGGACUCUGCGCUGGCCCCAGCACCUGCCCAGGCCCACUGGAACUUUCUGCGCUGGCUUUUCUUCCGGCCACUGUGUGAUGGCGUCUUGUGUUUUUGAUAUGAUAAUAUAAAGUCUGAAAAUUUUGUAUAAUUAAAAACAAAACAGUAUCUUCCAAAUA